AAGAGGUUUUCUGAAAAACUUAAUAAGGCAUAACAAUUCAGCCGCAGCCUUCAACAUUCAACUACGGACAAGAAGAUGAAUUCUAUCAGAAAAGAAGUAUCAAUUCCUCAUGAAAUAAUCUUUGAAAUAUUUUCAUGGCUUCCUGCUAAGUCCUUAAUGCGUUUCAAGUGCGUUUCCGGAUUUUGUAAUUCUCUUGUUUCGAGAUCAGAUUUUACCGAUAUCCAUAGAUGUCGCUCUAGGACUCGUCCUGGUGGAACAAAAUUCUUUCUCCAUGAAGACAGAGCUUUUUACACGGCUGAGCAAAAGGAAGAUGGAAAAGACUUUGCCGCUCUUCUUCAAAUUGUUAGUUUUGAUGAAAUCUACCCUGCAUAUUCUCGUUUGGAUUGCGUUAACGGUUUAUUUUGCAUUUGGGUACCAGCAUCUGUAGAGCCUGCUGCAAUUUUCAAUCCCAGUACAAGAGAAGUAAGAUUUCUUCCUAACCUAAAUAAAGAUAUUUGUUGGCGUACAAAGUUCUUUUGUCAAGAGAACUACUCAUUAGGUUUUGAAUCCGGAGAAAAAAAGUACAAAGUUCUUUUGUCAACAAAGCAUGCUCAGUAUAGAAAAAACUGGGUUUUAACUUUAGGCAUAGAUGAAUCAUGGAGAGAGACUCAAAGCAUUUCCCCUGACAUUGUCCAUAUAAUGCCCGGUAUUUGCAUUAAUGGGGUUAUCUAUCAAUUUGUCUAUUGGUCUACUAAUGCUAACACACCUGCAAUAGCUGGAUUUGAUAUCAAAUCUGAAAAAUUCAAUAUUAUUGCAUUGUGGAAUGCAUCUUAUCACAUGGUAGUUGAUUACAAGCUGAUAGAAGUGAAGGGUAAAUUAGCGGUCACAAAUUGUGAAAAUCUAUUAAGUGGAUAUAUCCAUUUGUGGAUUUUAGAAAUAGAAGAUCAGUGGAAGAGUUAUAUUAUUCGCACAAUAUGGAACGGCAUAUAUUCCAGAAUACGAUCCCAUCUUCAAAUCACAUCAUUAUGCAAAUCAAGGAAUGGGGAUAUUCUCUUCAUUGUGAACUUAAAGUCAGGUACUUUAUGUUUGUGUUAUGAUGUCACGAGACAGAGUUGGAGCAAAUUAGAAAUCACGGGGCUUCCUAAAGAGAGCUUCAUCAAAGGCAUUGGUAGUUAUGUCGAAAGACUAGUUAUGUAGAAAUUAAGUCUCUUUCCAUUUGAUAAAUUUGCAAUACUUAUUUCCAAGUUUGACUUCUUCUUCUUUUUUUUUUUUUAGCAGUUAAAAUAACAUGCCGAUAAGAUCCAAGUUUAAAAUUAUGUUCUUCUCCGUUGUUCUGU